GGCUCCAAAAUGGACAAGCCAUAGGCGCAGCUCUGCGCAUGUGCAGGAGGCGCCGGAGUUUCACUUUGUAACUUUUAAGUGGUGGGCACCUCUCCCCGCCCGGGCAGGUGGAGUCAGACAACUUCCCCAGGCUGUUCCGGGCGCGCCUUCCUCCCAGCACUUCUGGAAGGGAGGCAUACAGAUCGUCAAGUGUGCUGCGGGGCCAGUCCUUGCUGCCAGCUCAGGAAAGUCUGUAAAGGCUGCUGCCCCUCGACCCUGGCCUUGGGGAAGCUCUACAGGAAAUGAGUGGCAUGCCCGAGGUAGCCUGGGAAGUGGCCAGGGCUGCCCCUGACUUUGCCAGAGCCAGCUCCAGCUGAGGACCUCUCCUAGGGACUUGUCCACUGUCCUUCCUUCCCAUGGUGUCUGGGAGGACAGGCACAAUGAGGGACUCCCCAUUCCUGAAGCUGUGGCCGUCCAAGGAGGUGUCCAUCCGUGAGCGGCUGGGCAUCGGGGACCAGCCCAAUGACUCCUACUGCUACAACUCAGCCAAAAACAGCACUGUGCUCCAGGGGGUCAACUUCGGUGGCAUCCCCACUGUCCUGCUCAUAGACGUCUGCUGCUUCCUGUUGUUACUGUUGGUGUUCUCCAUCAUAAGAAGAAGAUUCUGGGAUUAUGGCCGUAUUGCCUUAGUGUCAGAAGCAAACAGUGAGUCCAGAUUCCAGAGACUGUCGUCUUCCUCCUCAGGGGAACUGGACUUUGAAGGCGAGCUGGCAUGCUGCCCCUGGCUGACGGCCAUCUUCCGCCUGCGUGAUGACCAGAUCCUGGAGCGCUGUGGGGAGGACGCCAUCCACUACCUGUCCUUCCAGAGACACAUCAUCUUCCUGCUGGUGGCGGUCAACAUCUUCUCCCUGUGCGUCAUCCUGCCCGUCAACCUCUCGGGAGACUUGCUAGACAAAGAGCCUCACAGUUUUGGGAGGACGACGAUAGCCAACCUACAGACUGACAACGACCUCCUUUGGCUGCACACUGUCUUCGCUGUGGUUUACCUCUUCCUCACGGUGGGCUUGAUGCGGCGCCACACGCAGUCCAUCAGAUACACAGAGGAGAACCUGGUGAGGCGGACGCUGUUCAUCACAGGACUCCCCAGAGAUGCUCAGAAGGAGACCGUGGAGAGCCACUUCCGGGACGCGUACCCGACGUGUGAAGUGGUGGAGGUCCAGCUGUGCUAUGACGUGGCCAAGCUGAUGGACCUGUGCCAGGAGAGAAAAAAGACUGAGAAGAGCCUGACCUAUUACACGAACCUGCAGGUGAAGACAGGCCAGAGGACCCUCAUUAACCCCAAGCUCUGCGGCCAGUUCUGCUGCUGUGAAGUGCCCGGGUGUGAGUGGGAGGACGCCAUCUCCUACUACAAGCGCAUGAAUGACAGGCUGACGGAGCGGAUCACACAGGAGCAAUGCAGGGUCCGGGACCAGCCCCUGGGAAUGGCCUUUGUCACCUUCCAGGAGAAGUCCAUGGCCACCUACAUCCUGAAAGACUUCAAUGCCUGCAAGUGUCAGGGCCUGCGGUGCAAAGGGGAGCCCCAGCCGUCCUCCUACAGCAGAGAGCUCUACCCCUCCAAGUGGACGGUCACUUUCGCCUCUUACCCCGAGGACAUCUGCUGGAAGAACCUCUCUACCCAGGGCCUGCGCUGGUGGGUCCAGUGGCUGGGCAUCAACUUCAUUCUCUUCGUGGGGCUCUUUUUCCUGACCACGCCCUCCAUCAUCCUGUCCACCAUGGACAAGUUCAAUGUCACCAAACCCAUCCGUGCACUGAAUAACCCCGUCAUCAGCCAGUUCUUCCCAACCCUCCUCCUGUGGUCCUUCUCAGCCCUGCUCCCGACCAUCGUGUAUUACUCUACACUGCUGGAGUCUCACUGGACCAAGUCUGGGGAAAACCGGAUCAUGAUGACCAAGGUCUACAUAUUCUUGAUCUUCAUGGUGCUGAUUCUGCCCUCUCUCGGCCUCACCAGUCUGGAUUUUUUCUUCCGAUGGCUCUUUGACAAAACUUUCUCAGAGGCCUCUGUCAGGUUGGAGUGCGUCUUCCUGCCCGACCAGGGCGCCUUCUUCGUGAACUACGUCAUCGCCUCAGCCUUCAUCGGUGGCGGCAUGGAGCUGCUGCGGCUGCCCGGCCUCAUCCUCUACACCUUCCGCAUGAUCAUGGCCAAGACGGCCGCCGACCGCAGGAACGUGAAGCAGAACCAGGCCUUCCAAUACGAGUUCGGAGCCAUGUAUGCGUGGAUGCUCUGCAUCUUCACUGUCAUCAUGGCCUACAGCAUCACCUGCCCCAUCAUCGCACCAUUCGGCCUCAUCUACAUCCUGCUCAAGCACAUGGUGGACCGGCACAACCUCUACUUCGCCUACCUGCCAGCCAAGCUGGAGAAGAGGAUCCACUUUGCGGCCGUGAACCAGGCUUUGGCUGCCCCCAUCCUGUGCCUCUUCUGGCUCUUCUUCUUCUCCUUCCUGCGCCUCGGCCCGAUGGCCCCCCCCACCCUGUUCAACCUCCUGGUCGUGCUGCUCACCAUCCUCGUCUGCCUGGCCUACACCUGCUUUGGAUGCUUUAAGCACCUCAGCCCUCUGAACUACAAGACAGAAGAAUCGGCAAGUGACAAAGGAAGCGAGGCAGAAGGCAAUGUGCCUGCACCCUUCACACCCUAUGUGCCCCGGAUUCUGAACAGCUUGGCCUCUGAGAGAACAGCCUUGUCCCCGCAGCAGCAGCAGACCUAUGGCGCCAUCCACAACAUCAGUGCGACCAUCCCGGGGCAGGGCCUGGCCCAGAGUCCUGCGGCCGAGGUGGCGGCUGCCCUCCAGGAGGCCUGAGGGCGGUGAGCUUCAGGAUGGGCCAGGCUCCAGGAGCUGGGAGGUGAGGAGACAGAGGCGGGGAAGCAGCUCGACUCAGACGCCAACCUGGACUUCUUUCCACCUGCUUUCAGCCGCACAGCUCUGAACAGAUGGGACCAGGAAGGGGUUCAGGCCCUUGGCUGAUGGGGGAGGGUGGGACUGCUGUUGGUGGUGGUCUUUUCUGGUCACAGCAGCCGAGAAGGGAGUCCAUGCAGCUCCGUCGCCUGAGGCUGUGCUCAUUUCCAGUCCACCUUCUGCACCAGCGUCGAGCUCGAGCUGGGGUGAUGUCCCCAGUGAUUUUUAGCCACGAUCAUGUUGGAAUUGUGCCCCUCCAGACCCAUUACCUCUGAUGACUGUGUCGGGUACCAGGGAGAAAGUAACAAGUGGAAAACCUCCCUUCUGAGUGCCCAGACCCCACCUACUCUUUCUGGGCACACACAGCGCCUGAUGAGCAAAGAGCCUACAGCAGUCCCGGGCCUGAGACGGGGCCAGAUGACACCCGGGCUCAUUCCCUCUGGGUAUUAACCAUCCACCCCGCCCCCGUCUCAGGAGUGAGCUGUGGGGACAGGAAGGGAAUGGGCCAGUGCUGGGCUGCAGAGGCUCCUGCAGCUGCACAUGCACCUGCGCAUCCCGCUAUGGGUCUGUGUUCUUGUAUCAUGUUGCCAGUGAAGCUGUGGCUGGGUCAGGGUCGCCCUGCAGCAGGCAGGGACAAUGAGGACCACUAAUAAAGUGCCCAUUCAGCCAGACUGGUGAGAUUCAGCCUCUCCCAUCUCGUCAGAGCCGAGUGCCUGGGGUGCAGUCUACAUCCCUCAACCCCAUCUGUCUGCUCCUUCCAAGGUGGUGGGGUCGGGGGUGCAGGGCUCAGGGCCUCCUCGGAGCCAAGGGCCGGCAGGGGAGAGGAGAAGGGGUGUCUGGGUUGGGUGCAGGGCCGCGCACCACCCUUGAGCUGUAAGCUGGGAAGGAAGGACAGGCAGCCGGUUGCCUUCUCUGUCCCCCUGUGAUUCCCGGGGCUGGGAAGCCGCUUUGGGCGCUUGCGCGAGAGCCGCUUCCCUACAGCCCCCAGGGGGCGCCAGAGGCGCGAGUCGGCGCGGUCGGCGCGGCAGUGCGGCCGAGUCCUCCAUCUCCCUGCAGACCCCGCCUCGUGGUCCUCAGCCUCGGCCUCUGCUCCCAGCGGCCCCGGGCACUGGGAGGCGGUAAAGCGGCUUCCUGGUGCCGCAGCGGGCCUGUCCUACCCUUCCCAGCGAGGGCGGGGGACCCCCCCUCCCCAUGCCGGAUGCAGACCCGCCGGCUCCGCGGGA